GGGAGCGCCUGCCCGGCCGCCGGCUGCCGCCGCCAUGGACUGAUCGCCACGGCCCGGCCCGAGCUGCCACCAUGAACCAGCUGGUCCUUUGCACGCUGCUUCUUUUGGCCCCCAGGGAGCUGGUGGGGGCAUGUCCCGCAGGCUGCCAGUGCCAAGACCCCAAGACCAUCCUGUGCGCAGCCAGACGGGGCCAGACUGUGCCCCAGGGGCUGCCCCCCAACACCCUCUCCCUCUAUGUCUUUGAGAAUGGCAUCACGAUGCUCAGCGAGGACAGCUUUGCGGGCCUGCCCGCCCUCCAGCUCUUGGACCUCUCGCAAAACAAGAUCACCAGCAUCCAGAAAAACAUUUUCCAGCCCCUGACGGAGCUCGUCAACUUGGACCUGUCCUCCAACCAGCUGCAGGAGAUCACCAAUGAGACCUUCCACGGGCUGCGGCUGCUGGAGCGACUCUACCUGCAGAGGAACAGGAUCCAGCACAUACACGCUGCUGCCUUCGACACGCUGGAGAAUCUGCUGGAGCUGAAGCUGCAGAACAACCAGCUCUGGGCUGUGCCCCCGCUCGACCUGCCCAACCUCCUGCUGCUGGACAUCAGCUGGAACAAGAUCCCCACCAUUGCACCAGGGGCCUUCCACGCCGUCAACAUCGAGUCCCUGAAGAUUGCGGGGUUGGGCUUGACGAGCUUAAAUGAGGAGCUCUUCCAGGCCCAGAACAACCUCCACGAGCUGGACAUCUCCGACAACCUGCUGGAGCGUGUCCCGGCGGUGCUGCGGCGACUGGGGAGCCUCACAAAGCUCAGCCUGGCUGGCAACGCCCACAUCUCCCAGCUGCCGGCAGAGGACUUCCACAACCUUCACAACCUCCAGGAGCUGGACAUCAGCAACCUCAACAUCAACACCAUCCCUCGGGACUUCUCUGGCUUCUUCCCCAGGCUGCGGGCCGUGACGGCGGCCGGCAACCCCUUCAACUGCAUCUGCCAGAUGAGCUGGCUGGUGCAGUGGGUGAACACCAGCAGCGUGGUCCUCCGGCGGCCCGAGGAGACACGCUGCCACUUUCCCCCUAAAAACUCCGGCAAGCUCCUCCACCACCUGCAGUAUGCUGACUUCGGCUGCCCCACGACCACCACCACCACCCCCACAACCCCGCGCACCACCACACCGCCGCUGCCCGUGCCGCUCCCCACUAGCAGCCGCCCGGCACCGCAGCCCAGCACUGCCGCUCCCACCUUGGGGGCCAGGGCCCCCCAAGGCAGCUCCACACCAGUGCCCUUCAGCGGCCCCCCGGCCCCCACCAGCCCCCCACCGCCCAUCUGUCCUCCUCGCACGUGCCUGAACGGCGGCACCUGCCACCUGGGUCCCCAAAACCACCUGGAGUGCCUGUGCCCGGCGGGCUUCACCGGGACGUACUGCCAGGUGGAGGAGAGGGGGACGACGCCGGCACCAGCUACGCCAGCCCCGUCGCCCGGCCGGCGGAUCAGCAUCGCGCAGGUCGGCAGCACCUCCCUCAAAGUGGACUUGCAGAACUAUGUCCAGUCCAAAGCGCAGCUGAAGGGCAUCCGAUUGAGCUACCGGAAUCUCUCCGGGCCAGACAAACGACCGGUGAUGCUGCGUUUGCCGGCUUCGCUCUCCGAGUACACGGUACGGGCGCUGAAGCCCAACUGCACCUACCGUGUCUGCAUCGGGCCCCUGGGGGAGAAGGUCUCCAAGGAGGAGCACUGCGCCGAGGCGCAGACCUUGCCGGCGAGCCACCAGCAGCACUCCCCCGUCACCCAGAGCAAGGACAGCAACCUCGCCCUGAUGAUUGUCCCCGCGCUGGCCGCCGUGCUCCUGCUGGUGGUGGUGGUGACUGCCGCCACGUACUACCGCCGGCACCGCCGGGCGAAGGCACGUGCCGGCACCGGGGUGGAUGCCAGCCCGCUGGAGCUGGAAGGGGUAAAAGCCUGCCUGGAAAAUGGGGAUUUGAGCAGCUGCAAAGUGCCGGAGACGGCGAUGCUUUCCGGCGGCUCCGAGUGUGAGGUCCCGCUCAUGCAGUCGCACUACCCCAGCAACAACAACACCCCAGGGCUCAAACCCUCCUAUUUCUGAGCCGGGUGGGACAGGGCUGCGGGCGAGGGGAGCCCCGGACAGACGAGGGUUGAGCUCUGGCACCCAGCCGUGUCCCUCCGGGGCGAGGAACGGCGAGGAGUUAACUGAAUUAAGGCAGAAAAACCCCAAACCCUUAACGUGCAAUUUCCGAGAGGCUGCCACGCUUCGGGAGGAGACACCAAUUUUACCGCUCAGUGCCUUGAUUUCUGUGACUCUAUGUAGAACGUGGGUAGCAAAAGAGAGAGAGGGGUUGGGUUUUUUUUUUUAAUCUGGGGGUUGGGUGGGCUUUUUUUAGCUAUGGCUAAAAAGAAAGCUGCCGGUGACUCGGCUAAGGGACGUCCACGUGCUGGUAACAAGGGUCCUUUAGCGGGGCACGGCCCGUGACUCUCAACUCCCUGGAAGCUGAUGUGAGCAAUAAGGCCUGGCCGAGGUGCUGGGACCCUCGGGACCCCCAGGCCGAAGGAAGCGCCGAGCAGGCGAACCGGGAAUUGAAGCUUUAAGAACUCGGAGAGAAUAUUUAUACAUGGUUAUUUCCCAUUUCUUCUGGGAAAAGUCUUUUUUUUUUUUUUUUUUCUAGUACAGGUUUGUGUACAUCUCUUUUGUAAGACAGACCAGAAGGGUGUCUUUUUGUAAAAAAACCCCAAAAAUAAAAACUAAAAUAACAACAAUGAAAA